GGUGAGGGCCGCCCGAGCUUGGGCCUGGGGACGAGGAUGGAAUACACGUCGAGAAAAAAUAUAAGAUAAAAACUUUUCAUAAACGAUGAAACUAUUUCCCAAAUUUGAAGCACAGAUUUCUUGCAGACAGCCAAGUGUGGCAGAAAAGAAGGCAAUAGCCUUGGUAUUAAGUAAAGAAGAGGAAGCAAAAAGAUCGUUAGCUCAAUGUUAUGGCGUGCUAGUACUUGGUCUAGGAUUGGAGGACGCCCACCACAUGCAUUGUGGAAGGUGUGUACUACUUCCUGUAAAAACAAUUAUUAUUGUUUCUUCUAUCAACUUACAUAUCUUUCUAAUAACAUUUUAUUAUUAUACAUUUACUUGUAUAUUAACUAUUACUUAUUUGUAUUGUGAUAAACCAAAUCAAUAAAUCGUUCAUUCAUACUCUUAUGAAAACCAUCUCUGAUGAUAAGGCUUCUUCACAAAAGAUUGUUUUAAAUUAAAUCAAAUUAAAAUCAAGUUAACGCAUGACGUUUUUUAGCAUAAUUCUAGCCUAUUCAUAUUUUGAUAUCCACAGCUGUAAAAUUUAUAUUUUUUAGAAAACGAAAUUCUGCAACGCAGAGAGACCGUGAUCUUUACGAGGUAAUGACUAGUGUUGACCAAUGCUGAUCUGGCAGGAGGGUCCACUCUACAAUAAGACCGACGUUUACCGAAGCAGCGGUCAAAAGAGCCAUAAACGUCCAUAAACUAUGAAAUCUUGGAUAUGCACUGCCUUUUGUGAUAGGGGGAAUAUCUGAAAGGCUUUUGGAGUACACACACCCUUUAUCAUACCUAAUGAGAAAUACUGUGCGGUUGUUAUUUUUUCAUCGACAUGCAUAAUAUGUUGCAGAAGUUACAAUUUGCCUAUAACAAUUUAUGAUCACCAAAUCUUUCGCAACUUCCCCUUAGAAGUAUUUACGAUCAACAAUUCAGCUUCAUUAACUUCUCAAUGUUCUUUGUUUUCUCAGAAUUUGUACAAUUUCGUUGCAAACGUAACAUGGAUUACGUUCCGAAGACCAAACUUAGAUGUUAUAGAAAAAGAGUUAGGAAGGUAUAAUUGAAUAUCUUUCAUUGCUUGCGUUCUAGUUUUUCGGUCACAUUUUUCAGAACGUAUAUAACAGCAGAUGUUUUUUAGAUUACUGCGAUCGGACACAUUCAAUCCAGCCAUAAGACCAAAACACAUACAAGGUAUGGGAGCUGUCUGUCUCUCUUAGAAAGCUG